GCUUCAUCUGUUGUGAAGCUGGACAUUGGAGACAGGAGAGCCCUCUACACCAUAAGCCCUCUGUAUUUGAAAGAUGUUGUUGCGGUUGCUGUGUGUGUCUGUGGCUCUGCUCCUCGGACUCUGUGCAGCUCAGAAAGAGGGCAGUAUUUGUACCAAGGCCAAUGCUCAGUCAUGUGGGGAGUGCAUCCAGGUGUCAGAGACGUGCGGCUGGUGCUCCGACGAGAAUUUCCUGAGCGUUGAUGAGUCUAUAUCUGCUCGCUGCGAUGACCUCCAGUCCCUCUUGAAUCGCAACUGUCCUCCAGAGAAAAUCGAGAAUCCGCGAGGAAGCACCAAGAUCGACAAGAACCAACCAGUGACCAACCGCAACAAGGAAUCCACUGAGAAGCUCAAGCCUGAACAGAUCACCCAAAUCCAGCCACAGAAACUCACACUCACCCUCAGAUCUGGAGAGCCUCAAACCUUCUCUCUGAAGUUCAAGCGUGCCGAGGACUACCCCAUAGACCUGUACUACCUCAUGGACCUGUCCUCCUCCAUGAAAGACGAUCUGGAGAACGUCAAGAACCUGGGGACUGAUCUCAUGAAGGAGAUGCAGGCCAUCACCACAGACUUCAGGAUCGGUUUUGGUUCUUUUGUGGAGAAGACGGUGAUGCCGUACAACAGCACGACUCCUGCACGCCUCAUAAACCCCUGCACCGGGAACCAGAACUGUACCAGCGCGUUCAGCUACAAGAACGUGCUCAAACUCACAGACAGAGGAGACGAAUUCAACCGCCUGGUGAGCCAACAGCAGAUCUCCGGCAACCUGGACUCUCCAGAGGGCGGGUUCGAUGCCAUCAUGCAGGUGGCAGUCUGUGAGGAGCAGAUUGGUUGGAGGAACGUCACGCGGCUCUUGGUCUUCUCCACAGACGCUGGGUUCCAUUUUACCGGAGACAGAAAACUGGGCAGGAUCUUUCAUCCCAACGACGGGAAGUGUCACCUGGAGAACAACACGUACACCAUGAGCCACUACUACGAUUACCCCUCCAUUGCUCACUUGGCGCAGAAACUGAACGACCACAACAUCCAGACCAUCUUCGCCGUGACAGAGGACUUCCAGCCCGUCUAUAAGGAGUUGAAAAAUCUCAUACCAAAGUCAGCUGUGGGAACUUUGUCCUCCAACUCCUCAAAUGUCAUCAAACUGAUCAUCGACGCCUACAACUCGCUGUCAUUGGAGGUGAUCCUGGAGAACAGCAGACUUCCUGAAGGUAUGUCCAUUUCCUACAAGUCCCACUGUAAGAACGGAGCCGAAGGAACUGGAGAGAAUGGACGCAAAUGCUCCAACAUCUCCAUCGGUGACGAGGUGACCUUUGACAUCUCCAUUGCGGCUCAGAAGUGCCCAGAGCACGGGAAGUCAGAGGUGAUAAAGAUCAAACCUCUGGGCUUUAACGAGGAGGUGGAAGUGGUUUUGAACUUCAUCUGUGAGUGUGAGUGUUCUCUUGGCGGAGAACCUCAGAGCGAGAAGUGCCAUGAAGGAAACGGGACCUUCGAAUGCGGAGCCUGCAAGUGUAACGAGGGGCGAAUUGGGCGUCUCUGUGAGUGCAGCGUAUUUGAGAUCCAAACUGAAGACCUGGACGCAAACUGCCGAAAAGACAACGGCACCGACAUCUGCAGCAACAACGGAGACUGUGUGUGUGGAACGUGUGAGUGCAAGAAACGAGAGAACCCAACAGAGGUCUACAGUGGAAAGUACUGCGAGUGUGACAACUUCAACUGUGACCGCUCCAACAAUAAACUGUGCGGAGGACACGGGCGGUGCGAGUGCAGGAAGUGUAUCUGUGAUGCUAACUUCACAAGCAGCGCGUGCGACUGCUCUCUGGACCUGACUCCUUGUUUGGCUAAAAACGGUCAGAUCUGUAACGGCCGUGGUAUCUGUGAGUGUGGCAUCUGCAAAUGCAUUGACCGCAAGUUCCAGGGUCCCACAUGUGAACUGUGUCCCACCUGCCCUGGAGUGUGCGCCGAACACAAGGCUUGUAUUGAGUGCCGGGCAUUUGAGACGGGGGAGAAGAAGGAGACGUGUGAGCGUGACUGUAGUUACUUCUCCAUGAUUAAAGUGAAGGACCUCAGCCGCCUGCCUCAACCCACAGACCAGAGCUUCCCCCUGGCCUACUGCAAAGAGCGAGACCACAACGACUGCUGGUUCUAUUUCACCUACAAUGGCCACAGCGACACCAAGGAGGUGUAUGUGGUCGAGAAACUGGCACACAGUUGUGAGCCCUGGAACCUUCGCAAACGGCUCCAGUUCCCUGGGAACUCAUUUGGCCAGAACACCUAAGAUGACAGACAACAUAGGCCACUUCACCUGCAACCGUUUCAAUAAAUUAUAAACAUUAAACAUC